AAGGGUGAACCGGAAAAGGGCAGCGCUGACAGCCUGGAUUUGAAAGAUGGCGACGAACGGAUCGGCAUUUCUCCCGCCGCUCUACACAUUCUAAACGUCUUAUUUGAGCGUAUUGCAGGUUGCAGAUUCUGACGUCAUGAGCAUAACGAAACCGGAUGCCUCGCGUGAACCGGAACUUCGUAUUGUUGCUGCUGCUCGUUGGCAGUUGCGCGUUUCUGCUCUUCCAGCUACACUACUACCGGAAGUACGUCAGUAAGCAGACUGGUUUUCACAUCCUGAACCCAGCAGGUCAUGUGACCUCCAGCGAUGUCCAAUGGCAGUUGCUAAAGAAGUUCCUGUCAUUGGCGCAGCACUUCAGGCUGCCGCUUUUCCUUGCUGACAUCAGGGCACUGACGCUGCUCUCCCAAGAUGCAUUGCAGCAGCAUAACCAGAUGCCUCAUGAUCCACAAUGCAUCUUCCUGUGCACUGGCCAGCCAGUUACAUCAUUUGCUCUGUAUGCCAACCUGUGGAAGUAUGAUCCUGGCUUCCUAUUGGCUGCCCAGCAAAGAGGCUUUGAGUUGCUCGAGCUGCAAGGAGAGGACCCGCGAUUGGCCAGUCUGGACACCCUGUCCGGGAGGGAGAUUCCCCUGCACUUUCUGUUUCGUCUCCAUGGUUACACCAUCCAUGUGGUGCUCCUGUACGAACGCAGUGGGAACUACCUGUGGCAUGGAGCUGUGCGACUUAAUGCCAACAUGGACCAAAAGUUUGCACCCUUCCAACUUCUGGAUUAUGGGCAGCACGCUGGCGCGUACGACAGGCUAGAGCUCAUACUCACCGUAGUUGAUGGUCUGGAUGUUCAACUCCCUCAAAACAUCUCCAACUUCCUGAUGCAGCAUCAACACGCUCGCUUCCUGGAGUGCCGUCACCAGGAUGCACGCCGUUUUCUGCAGCUCUACCCUGAUGACUCGUCAGCUGCAGCUCAUGAUUUUCGGAGGAAAGCGAAGUUGCUGCUUUCCGUGGCGGCUCAGACUCUCGCUGUGCUCCACGUUCCGUUCUGGAUCAGCAGCGGCACCUGUCUGGGAUGGUUUCGCCAGUGCAACAUAAUCUCGUACAGUCAAGAUGUGGACAUCGGCAUCUUCAUCUCAGACUUCCGGCCUGAUAUCGUGGCUGCAUUCAGAGAUGCCGGCCUGUCGCUCAAACAUAAGUUUGGAAAGGUGGAGGACAGUCUGGAGCUGUCCUUUCUUAGUGAUGAUGUCAAACUGGACAUUUUCUUCUUCUACAAGCAUGAAGGGGUCAUGUGGAACGGAGGGACGCAAGCAAAGAGCGGCAGGAAGUUCAAGUAUGUUUUCGCUCCCUUCACGCUAUGCUGGGCGGAGCUUCUGGAGGUCAAAGUUCGUGUUCCUUGUGAGACACUCGAUUAUGUGAUGGCAAACUAUGGUGUCUUCUGGAAUGUCCCAGUGAGGAGUUGGGACUGGAAGACAUCCCCAAGAAAUGUGAUAGAAAAUGGGAUGUGGCCUUCAAAAGAAUGGGCGGAGCUUAUUCAAGUGUACUGAGAGGAAGUGGGGCAACAAUGCAAAAGCUUGUGUAAGCUAAAACAUUUCAAAUAAAAUCUUAUCUUUUGAAAGUGUUUGUCGGUGGAACACCUGGUGGUUCUGUAGACCAGUGGUUCUGACUCUUGGACCCCUGAGCCGUGUCCUCGUACCACGACUACUUCCUUCGUCAAACGUGUUGACGAUUGCCCAAAAGUAGAGCGUACAACUGAUUAUUAAAUGAAAUAAUUAAAUCUCCUUAACGCUGAACCAUGUCUAACUUCUCAGGUGAAUUGUUUAACUUUAACAGCAGAAGAUAGACUCCAUGUGGAAAUUUUCUGGAGCGCUGCAUCUGGAUCCGCACCAGAGCUGGUGUAAAUGUUCUGAUUGGACUCUGGUCCAUGUGAAACUGGAUCGUAUCCAUUCUGCAUUCGGUGUGGUCGAGGCUUCAGCUCCUCUCAGUAGCAGCUGCAGCCCUGCUCUGGUUUUCCUUCAUAUUUUCCGUUAUGGCUGCUCUCGUGGUCUGCCUGUAUCUGUUUUGUCCAUAUGUGUGUGUGUCUAACCUUGAUCAGGCUGUUCUGUGGAGUCAAGUUCCUAUGCUCUGGUUCGCUGGAGCGCUGGCAAUAAAAUUCUUUCUGAUUCUGA